CUUUAUUUUUUAUGUGAUAUUAUUGAUUGUUGCUCCAUGCCAAAGUCAUGGGCUUACAUGCUCACAAAUCAUUAUCUAAUAUAGUGACCGUAUUUUUUUUUUUACCAAUUUCCCCCAAAGUAAUGGGCUUAUUCGGUUACAAACCAUUUAUUCAAUACAGCGACCUAGCUAUAAAAAAAAAAAUUAUUAUCAAUUUUGUCAGUUGUCGAAUUGAAAAAGUCAGGAGGUUGAGGAUGGUGACUUGCAGUUGCAGGCCAUGGGCCAGAUCACAGUUUGACUGGCCCAAUUAUCUCUCAUGGACCUUAACACGUUCCCGUCCCUCAUUAGAAUUUAUUUUGGGCUCACGGCCCAGCUUCGAAGUUCGCGAACUUUCUGCAUCACUGUUUUUUUUCUUGCCAAACAAUGGCAAAGCCACACAGAUCGAGAACUCUUUCCCUACCCGAGCCAAAAACACAGUUUAGAAUUCCGCUCCACCGGCGACCUCGGGGAGUACCGGGGUAGAGCUAUAUCUCUUCUUCUCUCGCCGGUUAGCCAACUCCAGCUACCAUCUAGUCCAAUAAGGUCGAGCGAUCGUCUGAAUUUUCAGUGACUGAAAUCUGGGAUGUGGUUUGGCUGAAAAGUUUGGAACUUUUGUUUUGGGUGCAGGAAUCUUGUUGUCUUCAUCUGUCACCAUGGAAGGGAUUGAGCAGUGGAAGAGCGAGGCGGAGCAACGGAUUCAGCAAGGGAUCGAGUACGUGCUUCAGUUGCCGGCAAUUCAGCAAGGGAUUGAAUACGCCUCUCAGAUACCGGCAGUUCAGAAAGGGAUUGAAUACGGCCGUCAGAUACCUCCAGUUCAGCUCUACUCCGCUGCUGCCGUCCUGGUUUUCACUACCCUUUUGCUCAUUCUGGUUCGCUUGCUUAGGCGGCCAAAAUCUAAUACCAUUGUUUUAUCCGGACUCAGUGGAAGCGGGAAAACGAUUCUUUUCUAUCAGCUUCGGGAUGGCUCUUCACACCAGGGUACUGUCACCUCAAUGGAACCCAAUGAAGGAACUUUCAUUCUCCAUUCUGAAGCUGGUAAGGAGCGCAAGGUGAAGCCUGUCCACAUUGUUGAUGUUCCCGGGCAUCCUCGUCUUCUGCCAAAGCUAGAUGAGUUCUUGCCUGAAGCUGCCGGCAUUGUGUUUGUUGUCGAUGCCCUGGAGUUUUUACCUAACCUUCGUGGAGUUUCAGAGUAUCUGUAUGAUAUUCUAACCAAAGCAAGUGUGGUGAAGAAGAAGGUUCCUGUUUUGAUUUGCUGUAACAAGACAGAGAAGGUGACAGCACACACAAAGGAUUUCAUCUGCAAACAGCUUGAAAAAGAAAUUGACAAGCUACGGACAUCAAGAAGUGCCGUAUCUGAUGCUGAUGUUGCGAACGACCACACACUUGGUACUCCUGGGAAAGCAUUUUCAUUCUCACAAUGCACUAACAAAGUCUCUGUCGGAGAAGCUUCUGGUUUGACCGGUAAGAUAGCGGAUGUCGAACAGUUUAUCCGGGACAAUGUAAAGCCAUAGUAGGUGCUGCUGGUUUUUUCUCUGUUUCGAACAAUCUUGAGCCUUGAGGAUUUGUACUUGGACUGACAUUCAUUGCAUCAGCCAUUCAGGAUUUGUGUAAUUAACUUUGUUCAAUUUUACUUUACAAGUUCGAGAAACAAACCCUGCAUUAUCAACCCUCUGUUAGCUAGCCUGCUCAAGAUCCCUGCCUUUAUGACUUCCCUUCCUUCGCAUGCAUGUGUUAGCCAUGUCCUACUAGCUGGAUCCACGUGGAUCAACGUUAAUGGAGCAAUCUGCAACAGCUUUGCUACUACCAUGACUAAUUCUGGUUGGAGGCAGUUUACCAUGGAGGUGAAAGUGGCUUGGCCUCUUUUGAUUCAAUGUUGUUUAAUAGAUUCAAGAAGAGUUGCUAUCACUCAUUUCCUUGUUAACUGUAAACUGGAGGGGAAUAAAUAAGAAUGUUACAGAAACUUGAGAGCCAAGUUACGGAAACCCCUGGUUUCAUAACAUUGACUCUGAUACAAUUAAUCAAAGGAUCUGUAUCCU